CCUGCUUGCCCGCCGCCCGCCUGCGCCUCCAGCGGAAGCCGGAAGCAAAAGCGGGGCCUGCUAGCCUCAAGCUCCGAACUCGGUGGUCUCGAAGGCUCCGCAGGAUUGGGGAGAAGAUGGCGGAAGAGGAGUUCCCCAAUACAACUCAUGAAGGUUUCAAUGUCACCCUCCACACUACCCUGGUUGUCACUACGAGACUGGUGCUACCGACCCCUGCCAAGCCCAUCCUCCCCGUGCAGACGGGGGAGCAGGCUCAGCAGGAGGAGCAGUCAAACGGCAUGACCAUCUUCUUCAGCCUCCUUGUCCUAGCUAUCUGCAUCAUACUGGUGCAUUUACUGAUCCGAUACAGAUUACAUUUCUUGCCAGAGAGCGUUGCUGUGGUUUCUUUAGGUAUUCUCAUGGGAGCCGUUAUAAAAAUUAUAGAGUUUAAAAAACUGGCAAAUUGGAAGGAAGAAGAAAUGUUUCGUCCAAAUAUGUUUUUCCUCCUGUUGCUUCCGCCUAUUAUAUUUGAGUCAGGAUAUUCAUUACACAAGGGUAACUUCUUUCAAAAUAUUGGUUCCAUCACCCUAUUUGCUGUUUUUGGUACAGCAAUUUCUGCUUUUGUAGUAGGUGGAGGAAUUUAUUUUCUGGGUCAGGCUGAUGUAAUCUCUAAACUCAACAUGACAGACAGUUUUGCGUUUGGCUCCCUAAUUUCUGCUGUUGAUCCCGUAGCUACUAUUGCUAUUUUCAAUGCACUUCAUGUGGACCCAGUGCUCAACAUGCUGGUUUUUGGAGAGAGUAUUCUCAACGAUGCAGUCUCCAUUGUCCUGACCAACACAGCUGAAGGUUUAACAAGAAAAAAUGUGUCAGAUGUCAGUGGGUGGCAAACAUUUUUACAAGCCCUUGGCUACUUCCUCAAAAUGUUCUUUGGCUCAGCAGCACUCGGCACCCUCACUGGCUUAAUCUCUGCAUUAGUGCUGAAGCAUAUUGACUUGAGGAAAACGCCCUCCUUGGAGUUUGGCAUGAUGAUCAUUUUUGCUUAUCUUCCGUAUGGGCUCGCGGAAGGAAUCUCACUCUCGGGCAUCAUGGCCAUCCUGUUCUCGGGCAUCGUGAUGUCUCACUACACACACCAUAACCUGUCCCCGGUCACCCAGAUCCUCAUGCAGCAGACCCUGCGGACCGUGGCCUUCUUGUGUGAAACAUGUGUGUUUGCAUUUCUUGGCCUGUCCAUUUUUAGUUUCCCUCACAAGUUUGAAAUUUCCUUUGUCAUCUGGUGCAUAGUGCUUGUACUGUUUGGCAGAGCGGUGAACAUUUUCCCUCUUUCCUACCUCCUGAAUUUCUUCCGUGAUCAUAAAAUCACACCGAAGAUGAUGUUCAUCAUGUGGUUUAGUGGCCUGCGGGGAGCCAUCCCCUACGCCCUGAGCCUGCACCUGGACCUGGAGCCCAUGGAGAAGCGGCAGCUCAUUGGCACCACCACAAUCAUCAUCGUGCUCUUCACCAUCCUGCUGCUGGGUGGCAGCACCAUGCCCCUCAUCCGCCUCAUGGACAUCGAGGAUGCCAAGGCGCGCCGCAAGAACAAGAAGGAUGUCAACCUCAGCAAGACGGAGAAGAUGGGCAACACCGUGGAGUCGGAGCACCUGUCUGAGCUCACCGAGGAGGAGUACGAGGCCCACUACGUCAGGCGGCAGGACCUGAAAGGCUUCCUGUGGCUGGACGCCAAGUACCUGAACCCCUUCUUCACGCGCCGGCUGACGCAGGAGGACCUCCACCACGGGCGCAUCCAGAUGAAAACCCUCACCAACAAGUGGUACGAGGAGGUGCGCCAGGGCCCCUCUGGCUCCGAGGACGACGAGCAGGAGCUGCUGUGACUGAGCAGGUGCUGUGGCUUCUGGACAGGCAGGGCCUCCCAGCGGCUCCCAGGACGGACACCCAGCCAGGGCCCCGGAGGCGCAUGCCUUUGGCCUCUGGGGUCGAUGAGGCGAGGUGAGGCCGAGGCUGCUGUCUUCUUGCCGCGGAACUCCGGGGCCUUUGGAGCCGGCGGCUGCUGCUGAGACGCGAUGCAUCGCCUCCCGGUCCUCUGCUCUCGGUUGCUCCUCCGCCCAAGAUUGGAAGGACCUCUGUCCAGGUAGCCGUUUCCUUCCGCCCCUCCAGCCAGGGCCAACAGGCACCCGCCAUCAUCAUUGUGAGAGGAGAAGGCCUGCUGUGACCCGUGUGCUCGGGAGCACUGCUGUGCGCUUCCUGCCGUUUGCAGCUGCCGCCUUCACCACGGCCCAGUGUCUGCAGAGCAGGCGAGGGGCUGGCCGCCUGUCCCUUUGCAUCAUCAGGGUGCCUCCGGCCUCAGCAGCAACAGCUCUGACCUAAGUGGCUGGCUCAGAAAUCUUGAGAACUGCACACUCCUCUUUGUGAUGUUGCUUGCACUCCGAGAAGGAAAUACCGAGUGAUCUUUUCUUCUUGACCUCCGCCGGGCACCUCGCAGGCGGUCUCCCGGGCCAGAAUACUGUGAGUGUUUACACUGGUCUGGAGCCCAGGGCGCAGGCCCUGCUCUGGAGCACCUUGGAAGCUGCAUCCCUGCGCUUGGGGGAUGAAGGAGCCUAUCCUGUGGGGUCAGAGUGCCCUCUAAAGGGAAAAACUAGAGGUGCAGCGUUUACACGGGCCUGCAGCCACUGUCUGAGCCCAGCGUAAAUUCGUGGACUUUUACAAAGGGGGAGGGUGCAGCAGGUGCCUCCCUCACCUCGAUCCCCUGCUCGGUGGUCCUUGUUUGUCCGGGGGCCCCUUUUCCUGGGCUUUGUGGGGUCUGCACACCGUGUACCUGCUGCCACCCUCACUGCCGAUCAGCAUUUCCUCCCUUUCCCUCUCCCAGUUCCCUAGUGUCUUGGGUCCCAUCUGUCCCCCAUACCAGGGUCCCAGCUCACCAGGGCAGCUGUGCCCCAUGCUCCUCCCCUGCCACCCCUCCCCAGGACCCCAGUGGCUCCAGAGCCUCGCCUGCAGUCCCUAGUCAGCCACUGCCAGCCCAGGACUUGUUCACAGAGUGCUUGCACGUGGUUUUUCUCUCACCCGCACACCUCGCCGCAUCCCCAUGGUCCUGGCCCCCGGCCCUCUCAGGGCAAGGCGCUGCCAAUCAUGUUCCGAGGAAGCAGAGUUACUGACUCGCGCUGCCCUCCUCACUUGCGCUUUAACAAGCCUCGUAGCUGCUUGCCUUUGCCCAGCCGCCAGCUGUUGGCGGUUCCCUUAUGUGGCUCAGGGUCCCCACUGGCGCCUUAGCACAUGGCACCCCCUGGGGUAGUUUGAUUCAUCACUGCAUGUCCUUGGUCCUCUGUGGUGGACCCUGGGCUGGCAGCAAGAACGAUUCCACCUCUUCGCCUCAGGGAGCGUGGCUCUGGAUGCCAGCAAGGACUGACUUGGGACGCCCUGGACAUGCCCAGCGUGUAGGCCAGGCCCCUGCCUCCUCCUCCCUUUCCCAGAAGAGUAAGUGUGAGGCCAGUCAGGCAGGAAGCACGCACUUUCCUUUUGAUGCGUGGAAAGUAAAUUUGAACUUGACAGAGCUCAAACAUGAGCCUAUUUCUUUCUGUAAUCUCCCACCUUAACCCCAUAAUUUGAGCCAAACAGGAUUGUUUUACUGUUCCUCACCUCCCCACUGCAGGAGUCAUGCCAUCAUAACUCUGGUCUCCGUCAUUUCCUGUUUCCCUUUGAUGGAAAAGUAAGAGAAGUGGUCAAAGAGGGAGGGGACCUUUGUCUACCCCUGGGCGGAGGGGGCAGGGGUCUGAGACCAGGUGGUUCUCUCAUUCCUCAACUUGCAACUGUCUCAUGAUUUGCUCUCUCCCCUGAAAUUCAGGGGUUGAUCUCAGAGGUCUAAGGUAUAAGUUGAAUUGUAAACUCAAUAGCUUGCCAGAAAAAAAAUUUUUUUGGCUGUGAGUUCAUAGAUUGAGCAGUGAAAACAGGAUCUUCUCAGUUCACGCUGCCCCUUGUCACCAGGUCCCUCCUGGCCUCCCCUGUUAGCUGAGACCCGAGGUGGACACUGUGGUAGAGAAGCAGUGGGGGCACCUUUCCUGGCAGGAGCCAGCACCGGGCUGGAUCCCCGCGAGCUUCUUCUGCCCCCCGCUGGCCGUGGGAGGGGCGGGCAGCCUGGGAGCACCCCCCCCCCCGCCCCCCCCCGGGACCAGCCUCUGUCCUCCAGCCGCCUCCGUCUAGUCGCCUCUGGAACAGGCAGAAGCCCACAGGGAUAGAUCUUUCUGGUGGAUUUUUUCUUAAUGUCUGCCUGAGAAUCAAAAAUUGCUGCUGUCUACCUCUAGCAUACCUAAUAAUUCUGUUAUUUGGGCAUAAAUGCCUAGAAGAUAAAAACAAAAAAACAGCAUAACUGUAACUUCCCGCAUGUUUACUUUCUUUUAGGCCUAGGCCGCCGGCCAGGAGAGUCAGCACGUCGGGAAGGGCUCACCUCAGAGUGAGGCGAAGGCCUUGGGGGGCCGGCUGGUUAGCCGGUGAACUCAGAAGACACGCCUGUCCCGGCAGCCAGCCCACGCCCCAAGGCGCCCCACAGUCCUGUUGUUGUAGGACCCCUGGGAACAACCACGCCCCGAGGUUUGGGGUGCUAGGCCUGACAGGGAAAGGAGCUGGCCUUUCCUGGGUCCCCAGAGGUUAAGUUUGGGCUGGGCCAGGUGGCUCACUUCUCUAGUCUGGUGCUCAGACACUCAGCCCAGGGCCAGACCCACAGCCCUCCCACCCCCAGAACAGCCACCUUUCCACAGUGGGAAUGCUGGCCAGGCCCCAGCUGACAUGAGGCCACGAGACAGGGUCUGACCCACAAUGCUGGCGGCCCCUGAGCACCCCAGGCCGGCCCGGGGGGCCCGGAUUUGCCUGUGGAUUCCUUUGUUUGCAGUGAAAUGUGGACAGAUGGGUGAGUGGGGAUCCUUCUCUCCAGGACCCACGUCAGAGGUGCCAUCACAAGACUUGGCCUCAGGACGUCCCAGGUCCACAUGCCCACAGGGGCCCACACAUGUGGCCUCAGCAGGUGGCCACAGCCAGGAUCCCCCUUCUGCUGUGGUGGGGGGAGUGAGGUAGGGCUGGGUGGUGGCCGGCGUCUCAGCCGUCAUUGCCAUCAAAGAUGCAGGCCUGGCCUGGGGUGGAUCUGCUCUUAGAGCUGGUCCCUGACUCUCAGCAGCCGUGAUCCGCCAUUGACGAGGACUUUAAAUGUGAAAAAGAGCAGGGUCCCCUGAUCCUUCCCCGUGCCCUCCGGAGUGCAGGCCUGGGCUUCUCCCGCUGGUUGGUGGGUAGGAAACCACAUAGGACCAGUAGGAGGCGGUUCACCAGGAACCCAGUCUCCGAAGCCCCAGGCGGUGUGUUUUCAGUGAAAACACCACAGAGUCAAGGCCUCAAGAGAACUGGCAGCCACACUCCCUUCCACUUAGGCUCCUGCACUUCUCACACAAGUGGGUUAGAUAUGCAGGGACUUCUGUUGUCAUUGGCCAUGUUACAAAAGCAGGGAGACUUUCUAAUGUCCCCUGGCCCGCCCCAUGUUCUCCCUGAAAGAAAAAAGCCUUGGCCUUUCCUCGCGGAGAGACGGUCUUCUCCCAGGCUGCUCAGCGUGAGCCCACCUGGCACAGGGUGACAGUGCAGUGCGUGAGCGCAGCCGCAGGGAUGUGCAGAGGGGUGGUCAAGAGAAAGGUCCCUUGUCAGCCUUGUGGGCCUGUGCUCCCGGGAGGGGAGCCUGACGAGCCUGUCAGCGUCCUGGCGCCCCCUUCUCGCGGCCCCCUGCUCUAAGGCACCGCCGAGGCCGGGGAGCACCCUCACCACCUCGCUGCGGGGUCCCGGCUUCCCCACGGCUUCAGUGUUGUCGCCAGUAUGGCUCCUGCAAAGCUUGAUUUGUUCUCGGGCUUACUCUGAAUCUUGUAUUUUUGUGAGUAGUUUUCUUUGUAAAAAUGAAAGAUUUUUAAGUCCUGCUUUUUGAUUCAAGGACCAUUGGGAAGGUCGGGCUUGUUCUGUUCUCCCCCGAGUCCGCUGUGAGCGACGCUCGCUCCAUCUGGUGCCGGGACACGACUUGCUGCUCUUCUGGACGGGCUCCUGAGUGGGCAGGGGAAGAGCGUCAGAGGUCGGGACCGGUGGCUGCCGUGCAGGAGCCCCUGCUUCGUCUCACCGGACUCUUGAAAGAAUCCAGAAAUGGAUGGAACUCAGUAAUUUAGUCACUGGAUACUUGCCUGGAAAUAAAAAUGAAUGCUGCUGAACCAGA